UUUCUGGCGACCGUCAUGAUGUAUCAAUGCUGUUUAAUUGUUCUAAUGAUAGCACACUGUGUAUCAUCAACGGGUCAACCAAGGCAAGAAUAUCAACUCACCCACCCUUCUGCAUACACCGAUGACACUCGAAAUACCAGCCAGAUUGAACAGCACACCAGCAGUACCGGUAGGAUAGAGAGCAAUUUCGCUGUCAGUGACUCUGAAGUUGAACCGUUGAACGAGCAGGAUGUCUACGAUGAGAAUGAUACAUCAGAAAAUGACGAAAGCGACACCGGCAACGAUCGGCCGGUGACAGCGGAAGAAAGCAGGUACGAUGUGGAUGACAACAGAAAUGGCAUUAUUCACGACGGCCCGGUACGGAUAAUGUCCCCAUCGAACGGUGCCAAGCUUGCGUCUACAUCCGUACACGACAAUGUUCAAACGGAAUUGAAUAACCUGGAAGCUGUUGAGGAUACAUUUGAAUCAGACGGUUCGAAGCGUUUUCUGCAGCACCAUUUUCAAAGCCCAAGGGAACCCCGGAAGCAACUGCAGCGCACAGAAGGUGUCCAGCUACCGUCGUCGCUAUUGGAUCUGACCACUAACACCGACAGCAGCAGUAGUUCUUUUUCUACAACGGACCUCGCCGGCCUCACCGUAUCAGCGGCGGCGGAAGAUGUGUCACAGGAGCAAACCAUUUCUAAUCUAUCUUUAUCAACCCAACGAACAAUACGAAGACCAUCGUCCAGUGUGCAGCUGGCGGCGGUGAAUGUACAUAAUAUAAAAGACGUCAGUCAGCCCGUGCGGAUGGAGGCAGCCACCCAUUCCCAUAACGACCCACCCAAAUCGAUACAGCAGCAUUCCCAAGCACAGCAAUCGAUAUCGGAUGCAUCACGAAGAAGUAAUCCCAUCAGCAUUUCAAAUUUCCACUCCAUCGCAUCGAACGAUACGCUAACAACCGCUACAACGUCGAGCUUGCAGCGCCAUCGAACAAUUAAUUCAAUGAAUCUUAAUCCUACUACGCCGGCGAUGGUGGUAAAGCCUGUGGGCGAGCAUCGUAAGUUACUUAAAAGCACUGGGCCCAUCCUGAACUACGUGUUCGACCAUCAUCCGCCGUACUACAAAUCGACGUAUUACAAUACUAGGUACGGACCCCACUUUGAAACUGAUAACGUCACCAACAUCACGGUCCAGAAUGGUGAUACUCUUUUUUUAAGCUGCAGGAUAAGCUUACUGCAGGACAAAACGGUAUCGUGGGUACGUCGAAAAAGUGGCGACACAGCUUUGCAGCUGUUAACCGUCGGAAAACAGACCUACUCCGGUGAUUCCCGAUAUCAGAUCGAGUUCCAGUAUCCGAACAACUGGCGUCUGAAGAUUUCACGCGCUAACAAGAACGAUGAAGGAGUGUACGAGUGCCAGAUAUCGACACAUCCUCCAAAAGUUAUCAUUUACUACCUGUAUGUUAACGCACCUGAAGUCUCCAUCGUGGAUGAGGAAGGUGCCCCACUGUACGAUAAGUACUACGAGGUUGGCUCGACGAUAAAGCUGAUGUGCAAAAUCCGACACAUCUCGAUGUUACGGUCAGUCGUUUACUGGAUACACAACGAAAACAUUCUCAAUCACGAUAUAACGCGGGGCGGUAUCAGUGUAAAAACGAAUUUAACAAGUAUAGGAGCCAACUCAACGCUCUUCGUAGCGAAGGUCAACCGGCAAGACUCCGGCAGCUAUACGUGUUCGAUAGGACCAAACCAACACUAUUCCAUCUCCGUGCAUGUGCUCAACGGGACCGCCAAUCCGUUCGGAAUCUAUCAGCGAUCGUGUGCCUUUCCAAUUAUUCUACAAGCCGUGGAUCUAUGGCUUGUUGUCAGGAGUCUCUUCUUCCUGCUGCUCAAACUAUCCGUGGAAAGAUAAUAGUCAG